AUGCACGGAUUAUUCUCCGGUGUGGUGCUAGCCCUCCUCCUUGAGGGAGCCUGGUCAAGUCCUCUGAAGACUCGAUCCAACGGCCAGCCAAUCCGCAAUGGCCUCUACCCUCUCGACAUCGUCGAUCAGCUGGAAGAGGCGACGAUGCCUAAGGUCGAGGCCUGGAUGGCGAAGAAGGUGGCCAAAACAAACCAAACCUGCACCCUCGAGAACGCAGCGGUGAGACGGGAGUGGAGCGAUCUGUCUGUCCCAGAGAGGGAGGAGUACAUCAAGGCUGUUCUUUGCCUGCAGAAGCUGCCAGCCAAGGCCCCGAAGGCCGAUGUGCCCGGAGCAGUCAGUCGAUACGACGAUUUUGUCGCUACUCACAUGAUGCAAGCCAUGAUCCUCCAUGACACGACACACUUGUUUGCGAGUCACAAGUAUUACAUCUGGGCCUUUGAGAAAGCCCUUCGUGACGAGUGUGGAUAUACCGGCUACCAGCCUUACAUGAACUAUGAUCGAUACGCUCAAGAUCCCAUCAACUCGCCUCUCUUCAACGGCAAUUCUUCAAGCUUGGGUGGAAACGGCGGACCUAGCGACUAUCCAGGAAUAUCCCAGCCGUUCAAGAAGCCGUACAACAUCAUCCCAUCAGCGGGCGGAGGAGGAUGUGUCACGGAGGGUCCCUUCAAAGACAUGGUUAUCAGCCUUGGCCCCAGGUCCACGAUCCUCAAAGACAUACCCAAGAACCCCAGGUCUGAUGGCCUCGGGUCGAACCCUCGCUGCCUCCGCCGUGAUGUGAAUAGGAAUUCGAUCCUCGGCGCAACGGCCAACUACACCUAUUCCGCCAUCACCGACAACACCGACAUCGACAGCUUCUACAACCGCUACUUGGGGCAACCACCUCUCCAAAACGACAACCACCCAUGGGGGCUCCACAACGCAGGGCACUUCACCAUCGGCGGCGGCGACCCCGGCGGCGACUUCUACUGCUCCCCCGGCGACCCCAUGUUCUGGUUCCACCACGGCAUGCUCGACCGGAUCUGGUGGAUCUGGCAGAUGCAGGACCCGGACAACCGGGUGGGCCUCAUCCCGGGGACGGCGGCCAUGCCCAUGGGCCCCAUGAAGAACCGCCGCGCCGGCAACCCGGGCGACUCGGUCGUCGACCUCGGCUGGACCGCGCCGCCCGUCAAGCUGUCCGAGCUGAAUGACCAGCUCGGCGGGAACGGCGGGCAGUUCUGCUAUAUCUAUGUCUAA